AUUUUUGUUUAUUUUUAUCACCCCCUCUUUCUCCAUCUCUCCUCAUCCCGCCUCGCCGCGAUGCCGCACGUGGAGAUGCUGCUGCUGGCGGCCGCGGCGCUGUGGGUGUGCGUGCGCGGGCAGGAGCCCGGCGCCAAGGCGGUGGCCGACCGCUACGCCGUGUACUGGAACAGCACCAACCCCAGAUUCCAGCGGGGCGACUACCACAUCGAUGUAUGCAUCAAUGACUACCUGGAUGUGUUCUGCCCUCACUAUGAAGAUUCAGUUCCGGAAGAGAAGACCGAACGCUAUGUUCUGUACAUGGUGAACUUUGAUGGCUACAGCUCCUGCGAUCACACCUCCAAAGGGUUCAAGAGGUGGGAAUGUAAUCGGCCGCAUUCCCCAAAUGGACCUUUGAAGUUCUCAGAAAAGUUCCAGCUCUUCACACCCUUCUCUCUAGGAUUUGAGUUCAGGCCAGGCCGGGAAUAUUUCUAUAUCUCUUCUGCAAUCCCAGAUAAUGGAAGGAGAUCCUGUCUAAAGCUUAAGGUCUUUGUGCGACCAGCAAACAGCUGUAUGAAAACUAUAGGUGUUCAUGAUCGUGUUUUCGAUGUUAACGACAAAGUAGAAAAUUCAUUAGAACCAGCAGAUGAUACCGUACAUGAGUCAGCUGAACCAUCCCGUGGCGAGAACACGGCACAGACACCAAGGAUACCCAGCCGGCUUUUGGCAACUCUGUUGUUCCUCCUGGCAAUGCUUUUGAUAUUAUAGCACAGUAUGCUCCGGCAACCUGUCGCAGAAAAUAAGAGGGUCUUGGAACAUCAAAGAUCCACCUAACUCAUCAUCCCAGGAAAGGGACUUUAUUGUUUUUGCAGAUGUCAAAUUGUUAUUUUUCCCUUUUUCCCUUUUCUUCUCCCUUUAGCCUGAACUCAGCAAAAAUUUGAAGGGGAUAACUAGCUUCAGCACCCACCCCUACCUACCCUUGACUUUCUUAACCCCUCCAUAUAAAUAAAAGGACUCCAAAUGGAAAUGCCAAACUAUGAUAGUGACACUAGUGAUUCUUAUUUUCCUCUGCAUUCUCCUGUAAGAAGUCACCUCUGUUAGCUCACUGUGUCAUCCAUAUGUGGACAAGGAAGAGCAGUGGCAGAUGCAGUCAGUGAAGGAUAAGGAAAGUGAGUUAAAGCCUGAGAGAGUUUUUCUCUGAUACAGUAUUUAUGCCUUCUCAUUCAGCACUGUAAGAUGAUCAUGCAAGGCGGCGUGUCACCAUGUCAGGACUGGAGGGGAAAUAUUAAGAAUAGAUAUAACACCAUUUCCUCCAGGAGUUUCUAAGUGAACAGGCUUCUGAAAGGGAAAGACUGUGUUUCUUACAGGACUGUCUUGAAACAUCUUUGACAGUAGAGUUUGUGCUCAAGAGUAGAAAUGCUGUCUUUUGGUGAGAUGAAGAAGUUCAUACUUAGGAAUGUUAGCGCACAGAAGGAAAGGUUGGAUUUAGGAAACUUCACUGGGGGUGUGAGUGCCUCUGUUAUUUCGUUUUAAGGGGAUAUUGCACACCGGAUUAUUUUAUUUUAAAACAAAUCACCGUGGUGCUACGAUUUUUUUCUUGAAAUGCAGAGGCACUUUUGAGAAUAAAGUGACCUUCCCCAGCACUGACUUAGUAGCUGAUAGCCUUGGAUGCUGCUCUGGGUGUCAAUACAUGCUAAGAGAGGAUGUAAGUGGCCUGAGAAAACGUGUUCAUGACACAGGAUCUCCAGUGUGCUCUUGAUUUGUCUCUCCUGCAAGUUCCUCAAUCAUGAGAACAAACCACAUGUAGAAGCCAGGACAAUAGUAGCAUUGUUUGGUGGGGGGAAAGAAAAGAAGAGUGGACUACAAAUUCAAGUGUUGAUUUUUUUAUCUUUUCCCCUUCCAGCAGAGUUUGAAGAGUAAAGGAAACGUGUUUAUCAGCCAGAGAUAAACUAGAUGGGCUCCCAAAGACUUAACAAAAUAUUUUUUUAAAAAUCCUCUAGAAUAGAAUGUGCAUUAUUUAGAUAUACUUCAUGCUGAGAGUAAGUAUAUAUGCUUGUCCUAUUUAAACAUGUGAGAGAAGUGGUAACCCUUGAUGCAAUUAGGAAAUGGGACUGUCUUGUUUGAUGGAAUUAGGAAUGACCCUGUUUAAGGAAUCUGAGCCUUGGCUAACACAGAACUUUAAAAAGUCAUUUGCCAGGAAGUGCAAGCCUUGGGAUGUUUUUUGGCUAGGCUGCUGUGAAUCUUGGACUGCUAAGCAUAAUCUAGGAAAUAUCAGGCCAAGACUGAAACAAAGCUUUUCUAACAAAACCUGUGAUAAUUAUGUUAAAUGAGUUACAAACAUGAACCGGGUUCGAGCAAAAUCAGAGUUUUCUAUAUUAAUUCUGAAGUCUGCUGUAACAAAAUUGAGUAAUACCAUUAAUGGACAGCACUUCGUCGGCUUUUUUCUUUUUAAUGGAGAAAAGCUUUUCAGAAGUUGAAGCAGCCCACUAUGCAAAAGAGAAGAAAAGGGGGAAAUAAAUUUAAGAUGUAAAGGGAGGUUUGUGAGUGCUAAACUAUGAUCUGGGCUUGCCUGAUAUUGUACAACAUUAGUAUAGGGCCUGUGCUUACAGGAGGAACGUAGGAAAUUUCCUCUAGUAUGAAGAGCACGCAGUAAGAUUAUAUGCAGUCUAAACAGUAGGGGAAGUCAUCAUCUCAUUACAGGCUAUCUAUCUGGUACGUUUCUCUCUUUAAUGUGGUUGUGAAUGGUACACACACUAGUAUCUCCAGUAGGCAGGAAUGAAAACGCUUUGAUGAAGUAAGCUGAAUCAAAAUGCACCUUAUCAAAUGGGUUAUUAACCAGAGUACAGACAAUAUUACAUUACUGGUAACCAUAUUAAAAUUGUUCAUAGCAAUUGCAGGCAGUCAUACCAGUAGUGCCAAUUUAAUGUAGAAAUGGCGACUUCAUUUUUCAUUCUUUGCCUCUGAAUGAUGUCAGAGUUCAAGACAUAUGUUUAUCUACAGCAAAGGAUUGUCACUAGUUGUGCUCCUAGUGAAAAUCACUCCUUUGUUUUAUCACAGAAUCCUGUAAGGUAGGUGAGGAACACCACGAGUGAUGCAGGGCAGAUCCCUGAGCUGCCUGACAUGGUGUGGCUUUGAGCAUACCAGGCACUGUCAGUUUGGUACUCAGUGGCAUCAGGCAAUCCCAGUCAUACCAAGUACAUAAACGCUGAUGGGCUUUGUGUUGCAUUUCAUAUUUCUGUAUGCUUUAAAUACACAUGUUGGUGCAAAUUAAUGGAGAUUUCUGCUCCUUUCCCCUUUAUCUGCCCCAUCUCGAGUCUGAGGGACUGAUUCUCCCUCAGCCUAGGUGGCUUGCUUAUUUCCGAGACCUGUACUCCUGGCUGCCAAGGACAUUGCAAUGUGAAGCAGGGAAAAUAGGGAUUGGUCAGUUUAGUGGAUACUGUGUAUCCUUUAAUAGACAAGGUAACAUUUCGUGGUAGUUUAGAGUAUUGUUUUGUACUGUACUUACUUGGACGGUGAAGAAAAGACAAGUAAAACUUAAAGCUAUGUUCUUUAAAUUCUGUAUUAUUAGUAACCUCUGUUGUAUAUAGUGUUUGAUAAUAAAGUAUUAAUUUGAUUCUUA